UCGCAACGACCGUAGGGUGCGCAUACAGUCUACUAAUGAAAUCAUUAAAACUAAGAGAGACAACUGUGAUAAUCACAAGUAAACAAAAUGGCAACCAACUUGAAGAAUUUCAUGCAAGUUGGUCGAAAAAUAGUUGCCGUAGGAAGAAAUUAUCGAGCUCAUGCUUUGGAGCUUGGAAAUCAGGUUCCGACAAAACCAAUAUUAUUCCUGAAACCAACAUCCUCCUACAUUACAGAGGGAGAGAAAAUUAAGAUUCCAGUGGGGUGUUCAUCCCUGCACCAUGAAGUAGAGCUGGGGAUCGUGAUAGGCAAGCCUGGAUCCAGGAUCUCAGAGCAGGAAGCCAUGAAUCAUGUGGCUGGCUACGUCCUCGCUCUCGACAUGACUGCACGGGACUUCCAGGAUGAGGCAAAGAAGAAAGGCCAGCCCUGGUCACUAGCCAAGGGCUUUGAUACCUCCUGUCCGGUCAGCAGUUUUAUUGAGAAAAAGAGUCUUACUGCUCCAGAGAAUACCAGGCUGUGGCUCAAAGUGAAUGAUGCCAUAAAACAAGAUGGGAAUACCAAGGAUAUGAUAUUCUCCAUUCCAUUUUUAGUGAGUUACAUCAGCACUUACUUUAAGUUGGAGGAAGGAGAUGUAAUACUGACAGGGACGCCUGAGGGGGUGGGGCCGGUGUGUGAAGGUGAUGUCAUACAGGCAGGACUAGGGGAUAUUGUGUCUUUCACUUUUCAGGUUGAGAAGUCCUAACCUAAAGGACUAUAUUCAUUUACUAUUCACUGGAAACCCAUUAUUUGUCGGACACAAUUUAUACCUAACACAAAUACUAUAUAAAAAGUGUUUUGUAGUACUAAAGUUAUGUAUCAAGAUAUUGUUAAUGAUAAAAGAAUAAUCUCAAACAGGUUAUGCAUUUUAUAUCAUGAAUGCACGUGAUAUAUAAAAACACACUAAGAUAACUUUGUAUAUUGUAACCCGCUAAUUUUUUAACUUUUAUUGUCGAAAACUUUACUUGGGGGUUCUCUGUCAAAUGUACACUUUGUAGUCGGACCUUCUCUCCCAGUUAUGUUCUGUGUAUGUAUAAUGUGGGUUGUUUGCUUAAUUGCUUAAUUUGCAUUAUGGGCACAUUUCUUGACAAAAAUAAUUUUAUAAAAUUAGAAAUUAACAAAUUUAAGUAUCCUCACAAUUUUGAUAUAUUUUAAAGAAUGGUUUUGCAGUAAUAAAUGCUAUAAUUCCUGUGAUUUGUUAACAGUUUUAGUUUUGUAAUAUAAAUUAUGUUAGUUUUAAGUAUGAACUCACUAUUGACAAUUAUUGUGCUGAUAUUUUAUUGAAAUAAAGAAUCAGAAACCAA